AUGGCUUCUUUCGUCGCAAAAUCUCUUUAUCUUCCUUUUCUUCUUCUUCUUCUCUCGACCCCGGUGGCCAUAAAUAGUCGACGAUUGCCCUAUACUUCUUCCGAUGAAGUGGUAUCGGAUGGAGUUGGAGAGUCCGAGUCCGAGUCCGAGUCCGAGUCCAUAAUACGCUUCAAAGGAAUGGAUUCAGCUGCAGAGGAGUGUGUUCAAAUGUAUGGCUUCUUGCCAUGCUCGAAAAACAUUCCAGGCCAUUUGUUUCUUAUUGUGGUUUAUGAAUAUCUUUUGUUUCAUGGAGAAUCCUACGUUGCCUCUGGAGGUGAAAGGAUUUUCAAAAUCCUUGGUCCCGGUAUAUUCGGUGCAUGUGCAUUUCAGGUUAUCGGCUCGCUUCCGGAGGCCUUGAUACUCCUCGCAUCUGGGAUGCUGAGCAGUAGAGAUGUUGCUGAGGAGUGUGUAUUGACUGGAGUUGGAUUGCUGGCUGGAUCAACAAUCUUGCUUCUUACAGUAUUAUGGGGGACUUGUGUCAUCGUUGCUAACCAAGAUUAUUCCAAUCAAUUGAAGCCUAAUCCUUCAUCCACCUCAAAAUGCAGAAAACUAAACCCUCUUGAAAGAUUUCUCACACCAUUGUGGCCAGGUCAUGGUGUGAUAACAGAUCUGUGGACAUGUUUUACUGCAAGAAUCAUGCUUCUUUCAGUGAUCCCACUGACGAUGAUUCAAAUUCCCAACAUUUUCCAUUUAUCUUAUGUUGGAGAAAGAAUUUGUAUACUGAUUACUCUUGUUGUUUCCAUCAUAUUCCUGCUCUCUUACUUCUUCUAUCAGGUGUUUCAACCUUGGAUUCAAAAAAGGCGCUUAUUGUAUAUAAAGCACGAGCAUUUAGUUAUCGACAUAUUAAAACACGUGCAGAAUCAAACGAUGGGAAGAUUCCUAACUGAGAAUGGUGCACCAAAUUUAAUGGCCAUAAGAAGGCUAUUUGAAGAAACGGACCAUGAUAGAGAUAAGCUCAUCUCCCUUCCCGAGCUAAAAGAAUUUCUCCAGGAAAUCAGAUUCAGAGAAAUGAGUUCGGACAAGGACAAUGUAACAGAAGAUAUUAUGAAGGAAUUUGAUGCUGACAAUGACAAGAAGAUAACAAUGGACGAAUUUGUAAAUGGAAUGACAAAAUGGCUGGAUGAGAGUAAAGGUGCAGUGAAUAAAAGAUAUCACUCGAUUAAAUCUCUAAAAGAUUUGUACCAGGUUAUCAAACCUUGGAUUCAAAAGAAAAGGGAAGAACGGGAAGUGAUGAAACAUCUUGUGCCGCAAAUUCUAGAACAUUUUGAAAACUCUGUACAGGGGAGCCUUUCAACAGAAGAUGGAGCUCCUGAUAUACUUGCUAUCAGAAGGUUGUUCGCAGACACUGAUAAGGAUAACAAUGGCUUCAUAUCAUACACUGAAUUGAAGGACCAGAUGAAUAAUAUGAAGCAUGGCAUAAUACGUAUUGACAUAGAUGCAGCAGUGUCGAAAAUGAUGGAGGAACUUGAUGUAAGUGGAGAUCACUUGAUUAGCGAGGACGAAUUCAUUACUGGAUUGAGCAAGUGGCUUAACAUGACUUAUAGUCAAAUUCCCAAAUCUGAAGAUAGUGAAGAAAAUAUCUAUGAAAAAUCGUGGGAACAGACUGAUAAGCUGGUAGAGAAUAAGUUGAUUGACAAAUCACCAUUUGCCUGGUUUAAGGCCAUAUCUCUUGUGGUGCUUGGGAUUGUUACACUCGGGCUUCUAGCCGAACCUCUUAUAGACAGUGUUCGGAAUUUCUCUUCAUCUGCAAGCACGCCUUCAUUUUUCAUUGCUUUCAUUUUAGUCCCCGUGGCUACAAAUUCAAGAAUAGUAAUAUCUGCUAUAAGCGAGGCACGCAGGAAGAAACUACACACCACUUCAUUGACAUUUUCCGAGAUAUAUGGGGUCGUGUUCAUGAACAACACACUUGGCCUUGUAGUUCUUCUUUCUCUGAUCUAUUUUCGCGGUUUAGCGUGGAAAUAUUCGGUUGAGGUUCUGAUGGUUUUAGCUGUUUCUGCUAUUAUGGGAUGCCUAGCAAGUUUUACCACUGUUGUCCCUAUUUGGACAUCAUUCUUGGCUUUUAUGUUGUACCCUCUGUCUUUAAUCCUGGUUUAUUUUUUUGGUGAUUUUAAAUGGUUGUCCUGA